AUGGCUCAGGUAGCUCUAGAUGGUAAAUUGUCUUGUCAAAUCCUUCCGACAUUCCAAGUUCUUCCUUCCGACAUUCCAAGUUCUUCCUUCCGACAUUCCGAGUCCUUCCUUCCGACAUUCCAAGUUCUUCCUUCCGACAUUCCAAGUCCUUCCUUCCAACUGGAAAAAAAUUUCCCGACAACUGGAAAAAAUUUUCCUUCAGACAGGAAAAAAAUUUCCUGUUGUCCGUCCGUAAACCAUUCAAAUUUUCGAAAAUUGAGAACUUUUUGGUCGAACGACAGAAAAAGUUUUUCCUUCCAACUGGAAAAAAUUUUCCUUCCAACUGGAAAAAAUUUUCCCGACAACUGGAAAAGUUUUUCCUUCCAACAGGAAAAGUUCUUCCUUCCAACUGGAAAAGUUCUUCCUUCCGACAGGACACAAACGAAUGUCCGACGUACCACCAACCGAGUCCAUUCCAAAGCCAGAAGAACCGACAGCCCCAGCACCACAACAGACUAA